AUGGGGGGGAACCUGAUGGGGGGGAACCUGACGGGGGGGAACCUGACGGGGACGAACCUGACGGGGACGAACCUGACGGGGACGAACCUGACGGGGACGAACCUGACGGGGACGAACCUGACGGGGACGAACCUGACGGGGACGAACCUGACGGGGACGAACCUGACGGGGACGAACCUGACGGGGACGAACCUGACGGGGACGAACCUGGCGGGGACGAACCUGACGGGGACGAACCUGACGGGGACGAACCUGACGGGGACGAACCUGACGGGGACGAACCUGACGGGGACGAACCUGACGGGAGCGAACCUGACGGGGACGAACCUGACGGGGACGAACCUGACGGGGACGAACCUGACGGGGACGAACCUGACGGGGACGAACCUGACGGGAGCGAACCUGACGGGGACGAACCUGAUCGGGGACGAACCUGACGGGGACGAACCUGACGGGGACGAACCUGACGGGGACGAACCUGACGGGGACGAACCUGACGGGGACGAACCUGACGGGGACGAACCUGACGGGGACGAACCUGACGGGGACGAACCUGACGGGGACGAACCUGACGGGGACGAACCUGACGGGGACGAACCUGACGGGGACGAACCUGACGGGGACGAACCUGAUGGGGACGAACCUGAUGGGGACGAACCUGAUGGGGACGAACCUGAUGGGGACGAACCUGAUGGGGACGAACCUGAUGGGGACGAACCUGAUGGGGACGAACCUGAUGGGGUUGCGGAAGACGCUAGACGCAAGACACACUUUUAG